AUGGCACGCCUUGAACCAUUUUAUUUACGAAACGUUGUCUUAUAUCUCCCAAAACUUUCAGACCUUGCCACUUUUGUUUGUAUUAACAAAAAGUCUUGUGAUGUAUCACAGAGUUUGUAUAUCAAUCCAUUUAAUCUUCCUCAAAUCAUUCCAAUUCAAAAGAUUGUCACUUUAUUUCCAAAAUUGGAGACUUUGUACCUUCCUUAUAAAGUUGACUAUGAUUUGUCUUUCUUAGAGAAUUUGAAUACUUUCAUCAUUGAGUUACGACGAAAUUACAAGACGCCAAAGUCUCAAGGCCCUUCAAAAAGUGUGACCUCACUCUUGUCGACAGAAUGGUUUCCAAAACGUGUGAGGAAACUUCGCAUCUUUGAAGAAGAAGUCUACACUUUUGCAGAUAAUAUCAGCAAGUAUGUGCAACUUAAAACCGUCACAUUUGGGUUCAAAGAAAAUGAUUAUAUGGAAGACUUCAUAAAAAUCAUUACCCACAAAACUCUGAGAACUGUGACGUUUUCUGCUGCUGCGUGUAAUGCCAAUUUAAUUUCCGCCAUCGAUUUUUCAGAUCUGUCCGACACGCAAUUUAAUAUUCAGUUCUUCGCUGCAUUCAACUCGGAGUUGUCCAUUGAAAUAGUCGAAAAGCUUUCAAAACUCCCUCCAAACGUCUGUGUAUACAUCUCUUAUCUUUCUGACACCAUUUUGGAUUCAUUGUACAAAACAAAGAACAUCACUUAUCUCCCAUUUCUAAGCGAAAAAGAAUUGUAUCGUACAGUCACUAAAGUCCUCAACAAAAAUUUGAACGACAAAAAUCUCUUCUCUUUCAUGCAAAAAGCUCUUCCAAAGGUAAUCCAAGUCGUUAAAGACUUCACUCAACAAGACGAAAAAACGUCCGUUAUAAAAGUUAACUUCACAAAUUUGAAGGAGGAGUUUUGCAUGGAAAUAGUUGUUUUGUAUAAAGUGCGUUUUGUGGAGCUCAUAAUGUCGAAAACCGUUAAAAUUUUAAAGACGCGUUGA